AUGAUUCUCUCUGCUCGGAAUGAUGACGUGAAUGCAAUAAAUGGAACUGCACUAAAUAUUUUCCCAGAAAAUAAAUACACUUAUCUAGCUGCAGAUAAAAUGUCUGAGGAUGACGAAAUGGAUAGAAGCAUCAGUAACAAAUAUCCCAACGAGUAUCUUAACUCAUUAGAUCCUACUGGGCUACCGCCUUUUAAGCUAGAGUUGAAAGUGGGUUGUCCUAUAAUAUUGUUAAGAAAUAUUGCCCUAAAGGAUGGACUUUGUAAUGGCACAAGGAUGAUGGUUGUCAAAUGCGGCUCCUGUAUUAUUGAAGUUAAGAUUUUAACAGGCGAAAAAUUUGGCAAAUUGGCCUUCAUACCAAGAGUAUCUUUAUCACCAUCAUUUUCAGAUUUUCCUUUUCAUAUGACCAGCCGUCAAUUUCCAGUUCGCUUGGCAUAUGCUAUGACUAUUAACAAAUCACAAGGACAAUCAGUGAAAUUCGUUGGGGUUGAUUUGCGCACACCUAUGUUUAGUCAUGGGCAACUAUAUGUGGCAUUAUCAAGGUGCACGUCUUUUGACCGUAUAACUGUCCUUCUUCCAGAAGAGGAAACAAAUUCCACUACCAAUAUUGUUUACCCUGAAAUUCUGCUGUAG